UACUUAUUACUAAACAACACCAUAUUCCAAGCCUCUCCCUUUCAACAUCAUCAACACCCAUGUUAAUGCAGGUCAACUGUUCUAAUUGCCACGCGCCACUGCAGCUCCCGCCGGCUGCAAACUCCAUAUGCUGCGUCCUCUGCCAAGCUAUCACCCUCAUAGCUGACCCUCGCUCCCUACCCCUACCUCUUCCCUCUUCCUCCUACCAACAACAACCUCUUCCAUCUCCUUACAACCACGCGCCGCCCGGUCCCCCACCGCAGGCUCAUGGCCGCAAGCGCGCUGUUAUUUGCGGCGUGUCUUACAAAAACACCCAGUAUGAACUUAAUGGUUGUAUUAACGAUGCCAACUGCAUGAAGUUCUUGUUGGUGAAUCGCUUCAUGUUUCCCGAGUCCUCCAUUAUUAUGCUUACGGAAGAAGAAACUGAUCCUUACAAGCGUCCAACGAAACGCAACAUAAGAAUGGCAUUGCGUUGGCUUGUCCAAGGUUGUCAGCCUGGAGAUUCCUUAGUGUUCCAUUACUCUGGUCAUGGCUCGCAGCAAAAGGACGACAAUGGAGAUGAGGUGGACGGAUACGACGAGACCCUUUGUCCAUUGGACUUCGAGUCUCAGGGAAUGAUCAUAGAUGAUGAAAUCAAUGCAACCAUCGUCAGGCCUCUGCCUUGCGGUGUUAAGCUUCACGCAAUCAUUGACGCUUGCCAUAGUGGCACCGUAUUAGAUUUACCAUACCUCUGUAAAAUGGACAGGAAGGGGAGAUACGUCUGGGAGGAUCACCGUCCUCGGAGCGGAAUGUGGAAAGGAACAAAUGGUGGGGAAGUCAUUUCCUUCAGUGGCUGUGCCGAUGAUCAAACCUCCGCAGACACUUCAGCCUUAUCUAAGAUUACUUCCACCGGUGCAAUGACUUACUCCUUCAUCCAAGCUAUUGAAUAUGGGCAUGCGACCACUUACGGUAACAUGCUAAACGCAAUGCGUUCCAACAUUCGUCAUGUGGAUGAGGGCGGAUUUGUUACCUCUCUUCUCACAAUGCUCUUAACAGGCGGCAGCCUCGGUGGCAGAUCAAGACAGGUAUCAUCAAACAUGUUGAAUGCAUCCAUUUUAUUUACUUCGUAUAUGCUUGUAAGCCAAGGCAAGAUUAGUAUCAGAUCUCUCAUGCUGUACUAAUGUACUUUGUUGCAGGAGCCACAGUUAACAGCCACCGAGCCAUUUGAUGUGUAUAAUAAACCUUUUUCCUUGUAAUUGGUAAACAUGUGCGCGGCAUGCUUUUCAUUCUUUUGACGAAGCCUAAGCCCGAGCUUUGUACAGUUUUUGAGGGACAAAAAGAAAAAGGAAAUAAAUUCAUCUUCUAUUUAUCAUAAAUAAUUUUAUUAUUUAGGCGAAUGUUGAUGCGACUGACACUGACAUGAAUGUGUUGGACACGGUUAUUGGACAUAAAUAAAGAGCACGGUUAAUUUUAAAUAA